AUGAAGCAUCUUAUAUUUAUCUUUUCAAUACUAAUAAUAGGAGCAGACACAGCUGUUUCGCUCAUCAAAAAACGAGUUCAUGAUGGGCUCAAAUUUUCACGGAUUGUUAAAUACACGAAUGAGACAAUUGUCGAUAUGAAGCAAAAUUUGAACGCAAACAUGACACAAGAAUUGUCGCUUGACGUAUUAUUUGUGGCUGAUUUCUCAACGUACCAAGCGUUUUUGGAAAUGACAAACGGUGAUGUCGGAAGCGCGCAGCACUACGUGAAUAUUUAUCUUGGAGCCAUUUUUGAGCAGACGAAGCUAAUCUACGAAAAUUUUAAAUUUGGAGACAAAACUUUAAAACUGACGUUUUCUGGAACUUUCACCGCUUACAGAGAGGAAGAUUGUCCGUUGUGGCUUAGCUGGCAAGAAGAACUUGAAGCGGAUAAGGAACUCCUUGACGAAUUCGAUUAUGAUAAUUCCACAGAAUUUUCGAAUUCGACAGACGUGUUCGCCACAAAUGGAACAAGCGGCCAAAAGUUCAACAGUUAUGUCGAUGUGACACUUGAUGAGCUACAAGAAGCCAACACAACAGAUAUGACGCUACAAAUCGAUUCCAAAAAAGCAAUUGACAAGUUCACGUUAUGGAUCAAAAAGUACGCCGAAUUCCUUCCGAAACAUGAACACGCUGUUCUUAUUACAAAAUUCGAUUUGGUCACUGUGAAUGGGCAUUCCGCGACCCAAGGAAUGGCUUAUGUUGGACAUAUUUGUCAACUUGGCGAGUCGAGUUCGGUUGUUGAAGAUAUUGGCGCUUCAUUAACGGCACUCAUCGCCGCACAUGAAAUUGGUCAUUCUUUGGGUGCUUUUCAUGACGGCUCUUCUGAAGCAAAAGAUUGCGAUUCGAAUGACAACUAUCUUCUAGCAACAUCGGUUUCUGGGAGCUCUAAUCGUGAAACUUUUCUAAAUAGUCGAAGAAUGAGCAAUUGCAGCAUUGAAUCAAUAAUGAAGAAUCUACGAAAUCCAAGUGCCAGUUGCAUCAAAAAAUGGAAAUCGAAAUCUGAGAAGAAGGUUCACAAGGAGUUCGCAAAAAAGCCGGGUGAAUCUAUCACAAUAAUGCAGCAAUGUCAAAUAUCAUUUGGUCCAACAUAUGGGAAUUGCUUGAAUUUGGGAUAUUAUCAUGGAAAAUCCAUUUGCGAGCGAGUAUGGUGCUCGAAUAGAAAUGACAAAUCAAACGAUCAGUGUACAACACUCAAUUAUUUCCCAGCGUUUGAUGGAACCGAGUGUGGAUAUAAUAUGGCUAUCAGUAGUAUGUGGUGCAUCGAAGGAGAAUGUGUUCGAAAUCCGAAGAAGUGGUUGGAUUGCAAGGAUCUCAACGCAAAGACGUGCACGCGAUACUCUGCAUCCAAAUUGAAACAUUUUUGUAAAUCGAAGGCUUUUCGCGAAAUCUGCUGUCGUACUUGCGCUAAAAAAGUCAAGUCAUAG